UAGUUGGGCUCGGUCAGUUCAUCUGUGUCGCUGCUUCGAGUAACACCGAACUUUACCCCUUCUCGAAAGUGCGGAACGGACGUUUGCAGUUUGUUAAAGAACUGUUACUGGCAAAAGUGUACAAUCAUAGCUAAGACAUCAAAGCUGAAUUAAUUCAGUGAGACUAAUAAAAAAUAUCCAUGCACGCGGUGUGAGUGCUUUGCACGAGACGAAAAGGAUUCGCAUCUCGUUCUCCUAAUAGUGAGUGACAGAGUGUUGGGUUUGGUCGGAGUGGCAGUGACUGCGGUGCUUUAGUCCUGAACCAUACACCGCAUUGUACGUGCGGAGCCUCUAUGUAUAAAAGCGAAGUGUGUAUAUUUUCCGUGAAAAACUGGGGUGAAUUAUCUCGCAGGCUGCGAAAAUAGGCGUGCUUAUUCAGCUUUAAAGGACAUUAAAGAGUUGCAUUGCAUUGCGCCAGUGUGUUGAGAGGAACCAGUGAACAGUGCCAAUAUAGUAGCGCCAGUGCGAGAAUAAGUGAGUUUGUGUGUGUGUCUCUGUAGACAGGACAACGGUGGAGGAGAUUGGUCUCAGGAAGUGAAAUUCCACAUAAAAGCUGCAAAGCUGACGCUGUACCGCAUCGGAGAGAUGCCUUCGCUGCAACAGACUAGCUUCAAAGAUUGGCCGAGUCCCGAUAUUGCACGAUCGCUCACAGGACCAGAUAUACUCCAGAAACAUUCGAUAAACUCACUACUGCUGGAGCACAAUGAAAUCAUCAGUAGGGGACUGCCAUCGCCAAUCGAAGAAAAUGUGUCGUUUUCGGAUAUUUUGGGCUCAUCACAAUCAUCGCAAUCUACCUCCACCUCGUCGUCACUCGGUGCCAGCAGCAGUAACAGCAACAGCUGCAAUCUAUCAUCGAACAAGAGCAGUGGCUCCCAACAGCAGCCAACUUCGCUGGCAGCCUUUUCGUCCCUCGGAUGUCCCGACAGUGCCAGCAGCAUCCUGAGUCUGAGUGGACCAAACACGGCCUCGUCGCCCGUUAUCAACACCAACGCCAACCCCUUCAGCUUCUCCGGUUUGUCAAUGUCCAGCUCCAGUCUGAGUUCGCCGGAGAUUGGCAGCAACGGUGGCAACGGCGGAGGCGGCGGUGGUAGCGGUGGACAAUCGCCAACCUACUAUGGCAAUGGCAGCGUGCAAUCAUCGAAGAACUACGACGAUUUUCGGUUUGACAAUGACAUCAGUUUAUCCGGAUCCAACGGACCAAACAGCUUAACCUCUGAGACGCUAAAGCUGCUGCAACGCAAUAUGGGCGCAUAUGAUUGCUCUUUGCCCACAUCACCAAACUCAUCUUCCACUGGCAUGUGUGCAAGAUAUUUUCGCGGAUCGCAACAACUCAGCGACCUGAAUCACAACUACGAGGCGAAUAGCAGCUCCUCCCUCUUCGGUGGCAAUCAGUCUUUGUCACGUUCCAAUUCCCCGCCCGACAAUGACCAGUCCAGUCUGCUGUCCAAUUUCGAUAGCGCCAACAUUUUGGACAUGAUCAAUUAUCUCACCAUCAACCAUCAGCAGCAGUACGGUAGCAGCUCUGGCAGCAACAGUAGCAAUAGCAAUAAUACCAACAGUAGUUCCCAGUCGUCACAGUCACAGUACAGUCACAUGUCGAACCUGAGUCAGUUCUAUCAGCAUCAAUCACAGGGAGGAUCUUCCUUCGGAAAUGGGAAUUGCAACAGUCAAUCUGGAAGCAACAACAGUGGCGGAGGGGGAGGUGGUAGCAGCAAUAGCUUUGUCAGUGACUACGAACGGCUGCAAAACCUGCAGGCACUCAACACGUUGCGUUUGUUGCAACAGUCUCAACAGCUGUCACAACUGCAGUUGCAACAAUAUCAAUUCAAUCAACUGCUACCAACCUACAAUAGCACACAGCUCAAAAACUGGUCACCAUCAUCGUCGUCCAGCAGUGGCGCCAACGAUAUCAAUCUGGACCGGAUUGCACGAUUUCAUCGUUCAUCAGCUGCUCAUUACGAUGCAACCUGUACAUGGAGCGGCGUGCUUCCUCCACGGUCCCAUCGAUUGGUGACUUACUCGUCGAAAAUCUUUCUCGGCGGCAUGCCGUGGGACAUCAGUGAGCAGUCGUUGGUGCAGAUCUUCAAGCCUUUCGGCUCUAUCAAGGUUGAAUGGCCGGGCAAGGAACAGCAGGCGACACAGCCAAAAGGUUACGUCUACAUCAUCUUCGAAUCGGACAAGCAGGUCAAAGCGUUGUUGCAGGCCUGUACCUACACAGACGCAAACUGCUAUAAUGGUUCAAGUCGUGGUUCCAACUCAUCCGUGUCCAGCAUCCUGUCAUACUCAUCCGGUGGUGAUGACCAAGGGCAGAUGCAGCUAGUGCAACAGUCGGGACAGCAACUGCAGCUAAUGCAUCAAAACAAGCUCCUGCCGGCACCUGGGGCUCGAAUCAACUUCAAAAUAUCUUCAAAACGUAUCAAAUCGAAAGACGUCGAAGUGAUCCCUUGGAACAUUGCCGAUUCCAACUAUGUGAAAUCCACUUCGCAAAAACUCGACCCGACAAAAACCGUAUUCGUUGGAGCGCUUCACGGACAGCUGACGGCCGAAGGUCUGGCAAAAAUCAUGAACGACCUGUUCGAUGGCGUCGUGUACGUCGGAAUCGACACGGAUAAGUACAAGUAUCCCCUUGGAUCGGCUCGAGUCACUUUCAACAAUUCACGCUCCUACAUGAAGGCCGUUGUGGCAGCGUUUAUCGAGAUUAAAACGGCUAAAUUCACGAAGAAACUGCAGGUGGACCCAUAUCUGGAGGACUCACUUUGCUCAAUGUGUGGAGUUCAACACGGACCUUACUUUUGUCGGGAGAUUGUCUGCUUCAGAUAUUUCUGCCGAUCAUGUUGGCAGUUCCAACACAACCGGGACAGUUCGCUACAGAACCACAAGCCAUUGACGCGCAACUCGAAAUCAACUACCAUUGUCGGAGUGGGUCCUCAGCAAACGACACUUGCAUCGCUGCAACAACAUUCCCAGUCACAGCACAACCACUCGCAAUAUAACUACCAUCAGCAGCAUAACACUCAUUCGCAGCACAAUCAUAACCAUAGCUACCAUGGUUCGCUGCAUAGUUCUCCCAAGUCGCCUUCGCCACCGUGCAACACUAGCAGCAGCAGCAACAGUUCAGCGGAUUCGUCGCCAAUUUCCUGUCAUGGGCCGGCCAAUCUGCACCAACAGCUGCAGCAGCAGUUUGGCAGUCUCUAAAGAGUGAGUGACAAUCAACUUCCUUUCAGUAGUUUUGCUCUCGAAAACAAAGUACUGCGUCACGUGUGGCCAAAUUCCCAUCAAUUUUGGUGCCCAAUUUAGGCACCAAUCGUUGUUAUUUAUUGCAAUUUAUUGUUGAAUCGUAAAUGUGGCAACAUUUUGUUCGUUGCUUCAUACGAGUUAAUCAACGCUCUGGCUAUGCUGAAAAAGCAUAGGAAAUCCAUUCGUAUGUUGAGAAAUGUAAGGCGGCUGGGGUGGAAAUGCAUGGCGCUGAAACACACCCGAUGAAGCAUUCCUUUGGGAGAUUUCCACGCUUGAAAUUUCCUCUAUGCAAAGGAAUUGCACCGGGAGGAAAUUAAACGACUACACCUGCAUCAAUUCGUAGCAUCUUCGGUGCGCUUACAUUAGGCCUUGUUGAGUUUAGUAAUAAUAGCUGGAUAUUGUUAACUUAAAUUGCAACAAUUUGCAAAUCACUGGAAUUAUUACCCCAAAAAACAAUCGCGAGAAGAAUGAACGAAUUGAUAGCAAAGCUUCCUAGCAAAAA